AUGUUUGGCACCAGCUCAAUUUCAACAGCUCCAUCAACGGGAACAACAGGACAAUCCCUCUUCUCAACUGCAGCUCCGGCUACGUCAUCAGCAACAACCCAAGCUCCACUGUCCUUCGGUGCAGCCUCCUUUUCAACCACAUCACAGACUCCUUCUAGACCAGUCGAGACUAGCACAGCGUAUGUUUCAGGCUCUUG